CAAUGAGAGGUGCCUCCCCCGGAGAAGGGGGUUGACUCACCUCCGGGCUGUCAGGGGAGCUGUCAUGGUGGCCGUCGGGCGGGCCGGGGUCUCCCCCGGGCUCCUGCUCCUCCUGUGUGCUGCCGCCGGCCCCGCGCGGUGCUGGGACCAGCCGGGGAGGGUGCUGCUGCGGGAGGUGCGGGCGCUCACCCUGCGCCGAGGCCAGCACACCGCGUCCCGGCGGACACCUGCCGUCCCGCAGCUGCAGUGCACGGGAGGCACGGCUGGAUGUUCCCGUACCCCUGAGGUUGUCCAGUGUUACAACAAAGGUUGGGAUGGCUAUGAUGUACAGUGGGAGUGCAAAGCAGACUUGGAAAAUACCGACCGUUUCGGACAAAUGGAAGUGAGCUGUGAAGGUUACGAUUACCCAGAUGAUCCUUACAUCUUAAGAGGCUCCUGUAGUUUGCUGUUCAGGCUAGAGCUGACUGAGGAAGGUGAAAGGAAAGUGAAGAACUCUGGAAGCUUUGGCUCUAGCUAUUAUCAGUCAAGAAAAGAAUCUUCCGAUUCUGGUGCUGGAGCGAUCGUUAUAAUUGUUCUUCUGGUUCUUGCUUUUGGAGUGUACAAGCUCUUCCUUGGUAACCAGCAGCCUCAAACCCAGAGUUUUGGGGGCAGUGAUGGAUUCACUAGGCCUUCCUGGCAGAGUCAGCAAACACCUCCUCCUCCUGGUUUUAAGUCCACCUUCACAGAAGACAACAGCUUUGGGACUCAUUCAUCUCCUGGAACCGAUUCAGGACCAGGAUUUUGGACUGGGUUAGGAGCGGGAGGCUUGCUAGGCUACUUGGCUGGCAGUCACAGAGCACAGCCACGUUCCCCAUACUGCAGUAUGUGGACAGAUCCCGCAGCAGCACCUCCAAUGAAUGGGCAGUCAAGCAAUUCCACACAAAGCAGCAGUUCGGGAACAAGAACCGCUUCUGGCUUUGGGGGCACAAAACGAAGAUGAAAUUCUUGAUGUUACAGGAUCUGAGUGAUUGAACUAACUCUUCCUGUGUACUAGUACUUUUUUUUAUUAGUAGUAGGCUUCAGAAUGGAUAUGAGGUAUGAAGGACUAGGCAAAGGAUUCCUCUCUUUCCCUGUGGAAACGUGGACCUUCACUCUUGUUUAGAGUAUCACAGGUGCUGGAACAUCCACUGUUUCAAACCAGCAGCUUCUCAUAAGACACAAAAUAAACUCAUCCAGGUUAAGAAUGA